AAUUAAAAAUAAAAUUGUGUAUAGAGAAUGCAAUAUAUGUUAUCACCAAACACGAACAAGUCACGAGUACUCGUAACUAAUUACUCGUAUAUCGGUUACAAAAAUAAUUGCUGCCUUUCAUGGACGCAUAUACAUAGUUUUUCACAUCGGAUAGUGCUUUGAUUGUAUUUAUCAAUUUAUAGUCUUAUUGGAAACAAAAUAAGAAAAAGCAAAAUGAAUGAAGGGAGUGAAUACUCCAUACACUCGAUAUGUCGCAUAUGCUUGAACCAUUUGCGGAACGAUCCAGCAUUCGACCUGUUUCUUGUCCCUGGUCUGGCUAAGAAACUUUGUGUGUGCACUUCACUCUCAGUGGAACAGCACGAUGGCUUCCCGAAAAACCUUUGCUCUACUUGCCAUACCCGGCUUAACGACUUGCAUGACUUUCAGAAGCAAUGCGUGGAUUCUGUGCAAAAGUUUCAAGAAAUGGUCGCGAGCAAUUACUUUGUCCCAGUCAUGGGCGAUGUUGACAAAGUUGAUGUAAUGCAUGAUGCACCUACUGAUGGAGACAUGGAAGAGGAUCGUUUAAAUUUCGAUCCACUUCUAAAUACUAAAAUAGAGAUAGUGGAGACUGAAGAUGUUUUUAAAAUGCUAGAUGAUGUGGACCGAGAAGUUGAGGAGGCUGAGAAUGAGCUCUCCAGUGACAACGAAAGUGACAAAGAUGUUGAUCCGGAAUUCGAAGUAAAUAGUAGCAACUCUGAAGAUGCUGUGCCUCUGUCCCGCUUACGAAGUUCGACCAGAGCAUCGAAAGCAAAUGCUAAGACCAAACCUGUAGCAGAUGAUGAUGAUUCUUCUAGCUUUGAGUGGAAUACUAAUAAAGAUGAGAUUAAGGAAACACCUAAAACGAAAGCGAAACGUAAGCGUAUGCCGAGGCGCGACGCAUCACUGGAUCCUGAUCAGAUUGAUUGUCACAUUUGCCAUAAGAAAUUCAAGAGCACUAACCUCUAUGACGAGCAUAUGAAGCAUCAUAAUGAUCUUUUGCCAUUCCAAUGCACUGUAGAGACCUGUAAGAAAGGCUUCACUACUUCAAGUGGGUUACGCCUUCACAUGGAUCAUGCUCAUUCGGAACUCUCGGAGGUUCACGCGUGUUCUGUUGAGGGAUGUGGCAUGACAUUUCCUCGUCCUGUUCUACUAACAUUUCAUUUGAAAAAGGUACACAAAGUAAUCACCUCUCGGGCCAAGGAUCAUCCUUGUACGGAAUGUGAUAAGGUAUUCCGUUGCUCCACAGCUCUUAAGAAACAUAUGUACAAACAUACUGGAGAGGAGAAGCCAAUAUCCUGUAACAUCUGCAACAAACGUUUCCACAUAAACAGCGAACUCAAGGAUCAUCUCUUGCGUCAUGCCGGUGUGAAGAAUCACGUUUGUCCGUACUGUGGUGUUGGUAAAACAACUCGACAGGAAUGGAAUAAACAUAUAUUAACACACACCAAGGAAAAACAAUUCCAAUGUCGUCAGUGCGAUCAUUCCUCCCACAACAAACAAGCCCUGGCCAAUCAUGUUAAAGUGGUUCAUUUGAAGAUUAAGAACUAUGCCUGCCAAUAUUGUGGCAAGACCUUUGGCAAAUCGUAUGCCUGCAAAAUUCACGAGAGAAUCCACACUGGGGAAAACUGUUCGCAGUGUAAAAUCUGUGGUAAGGUCUUGCUUUUUGAAAGGAGUUUGACUAAACAUCUAAAGAUUCAUGAGAAGCGAGAUAUACACGCUUCAGCGAGUAGUGGGAAACCACAGACAGUUAAUGAUGCGCAGAAUAUGAAUCGAGAUCCAAAUGAUCCUGUGGAGGUGAAGCCCGUACCAAUAGAGCAAGCCAAGCCGAAAAAUACAAAUAGGUUAGAGCGUGUAGAUAUUUCCGAGUUGGCCGGUACCUCCGUAAAUCCCAUUCCCACAGUCUCUGUGGCAUCCUGGUCCCCCCAAGUAAACUUCACUAAGAAGGAGGGCCAGCACAUUUGUCCGGGAUGUGGGCGUGGCUUCAACCAUAUUGGCAACAUGAAGCUUCACUAUAAGAUAAUACAUGAGAAGGUAAAAGAUUUCGCCUGUCGCUUCUGUCCCAAGCGAUUCUCUAAGGCUCAAAUAUUACGGCAUCAUGAAUGGAUCCACACUGGUGAAAAGCCGUAUGAGUGCAAGAUAUGUGGCAAACACUUCCGUCAGGAGCAAGUAAUGAAAACGCAUGUAAGAAAAGUACACGAGAAUCCGGCGAAGCCUCCAAGAGAACCAAAGCCUCAAAAACCUGCUAAAGAAAAAAGAUCGAAGAUGAACCUCAACACAAAACCACCUAAGAUUCUUGAUGAAUACCAAGAUCCUGCUGCAGAACGCGCUGCAGCUACUGCUGCUCUGCUCGCUCAACAAAUAGAAGAGAGCCAGGCAAAGCGAAAGGCCGAAGAAGAAAUUCGUAAGAUUCAAGAAGCCGCUUGUGAACAACUUCAGAUGCUGCAGAAGGAACAGCUUAUUGACAAGCUACCCAGUGAUAGCUUUCAAGUAAAAAAGCCUGAAACAGGUAUCAGUGUAGAUGACCUCAAACAAGAUUAUUUCAUACAGUUAUACACUUAUCUGAAGAAAAAGGAGAUAAGCAAAAUGAAUGAGGGGAGUGAAUACUCCAUACAUUCGUUAUGUCGCAUUUGCUUAAACAAUUUGCGAAACGAUCCGGCAUACGACCUGUUUUUAAUUCCUGGCUUGGCCAAGAAACUUUGUGUGUGUACUUCACUUUCAGUCGAAGAGCACGAUGGCUUCCCAAAAAACAUCUGCAGUUCUUGCUACACCCAACUCAACGACUUGCACGGAUUUCAGAAGCUUUGCGUGGACUCUGUGCAAAAGUUUCAGGAAAUGCUCGCGAGCAAUUAUUUUGUACCCGUCAUUGCUGAUGUUGACAAAGUUGAUGUGAUGAAUAAUACUGUCCCAGAUGGGGACAUGGACGAGGAUCGGAGUAACUUUGAUCCCCUUCUCAACACUAAAAUAGAAAUCGUGGAGACUGAAGAUGUUUUUAAAAUGCUAGAUGAUGUGGAUAAAGAAGUUGAGGAGGUUGAGAAGCAGCUCUCUAGUGAUGUAGAAUUCGAGCAUGAUGACGAUCCGGAAUUUGAAGUAAAUAGCAGCGACUCAAAUGACGCCAUGCCCCUGUCUCGUUUGAAAACUGUUACUAGAGCGUCAAAGACCAAAAGCAAACCUGUAGUAGAUGACAAAGACAAGGAUAAAGACAAAGAAUCGUCGGACUUUGAAUGGGAAAUGGAUAGUGACUAUGACAAAGAAAUACCCAAAACCAAAUCAAAACGAAGACGCAAACCAAAACCCAAAGUUCAACCGGAUGAUGCGUUUGAUUGCCACAUUUGCAAUGAAAAAUUCAAGAGCACCAAACUUUAUGAUGAACAUAUGAAGCAUCACAACGAUCUUUUGCCGUUCCAAUGCACUGUGGAGACUUGUAAGAAGGGCUUCACCACAUCUGGUGGUCUACGCCUUCACAUGGACCACGCUCAUUCGGAACUCUCGGAAGUUCACGCCUGUUAUGUUGAGGGAUGUAGUAUGACAUUUCCUCGACCCGUUUUACUCACGAACCAUUUGAAAAAAGUUCACAAAAUUAUUACCUCUCGAGCCAAGGAUCAUCCUUGUACGGUGUGUGAGAAAGUUUUCCGUUGUUCAACAGCCCUUAAGAAACAUAUGUACAAACAUACUGGAGAGGAGAAGCCGAUUUCCUGCAAUAUCUGCAACAAACGCUUCCACAUAAACAGCGAACUCAAGGAUCAUCUCUUGCGUCAUGCCGGUGUGAAGAAUCACGUUUGUCCUUACUGUGGUGUUGGUAAAACAACUCGACAGGAAUGGAACAAACAUAUAUUGACGCACACCAAGGAAAAACAGUUUCAGUGCGAUCAAUGCGAUCAUUCAUCUCACAACAAGCAGGCUCUGGCAAAUCAUAUUAAAGUGGUGCAUAUGAAGAUUAAGAACUAUGCCUGUCAGUAUUGUGGCAAGACCUUUGGCAAGUCGUAUGCCUGCAAAGUUCACGAAAGAAUCCACACUCGCGAAAAUUGCUCUCAGUGCAAUAUUUGUGGCAAAGUAUUGCUUUUUGAGAGGAGCUUGACAAAACAUUUGAAAACUCAUGAGAAACGUGAGCUUCGCGCAACAGCUACAAAAGGGCGCCUUAAAGAUGAUGCCCAGAGUAGCCAAGAGACAACUGAACCUGCAGAGAUGAAGCUCAUACCAACGGAGCCACCUAAGCCGAAAAACGGAAAUAGGUUAGAGCGUGUAGAUAUUUCCGAGUUGGCCGGUACCUCUGUCAAUCCCAUUCCUACAGUCUCUGUGGCAUCCUGGUCCCCUCAAGUAAACUUCACUAAGAAGGAGGGCCAGCACAUAUGUCCGGGAUGUGGGCGUGGCUUUAACCACAUUGGCAACAUGAAAAUUCACUUUAAAAUUGUACACUUAAAGGUGAAAGAUUUCGCCUGUCGCUUCUGUCCCAAACGAUUUUCAAAGGCACAAAUCUUACAGCAUCAUGAAUGGACGCACACCGGCGCAAAGCCUUUCCAAUGCAAGUAUUGUGGUAGACAUUUCCGGCAGGAGAAAGUGAUGAAAGUACAUGCCAAAAGGGUACACGAGAAUCCGAAGAAACCUGAAAAAGAGGCUAAACCUCCAAAAGAGCCCAAGCCUCCAAAAGAUCCUAAUAGGGAAAAAAGGCAGAAGAUGAAUCUCAACGAGAAACCGCCCAAGAUUCUUGAUGAAUAUCAAGAUCCUGCUGCAGAACGCGCUGCAGCUACUGCUGCUCUGCUCGCUCAACAGAAGGAGGAGUAUAAAGCCAAGCAAAGGGCGGACGAGGAAGCGCGUAAGAUUCAAGAGGCUGCAUGCGAACAACUUCAGAUGCUGCAGAAGGAACAGCUUAUUAACAAGCUACCCAGUGAUAGCUUUCAAGUAAAGAAGCCGGAAACAGGCAUCAGUGUGGAUGAUCUGAAAGGAGACUAAAUGAAAAGAAUAUUCUUUCCAAUCUUUCUAUUUAUAUAGUAUAAUAUAUAUGU